GGAGUGGCCGGGGCGGCCGCCAGGCGUGACGCAGCCGUUGCCAAGGCGCCGCCUUAUAAAUAACCGCGCUCGGCCGAAACUUUCGCGAGUCAGAGCCGCGCACGGGACCGGCCAGGGCACCCGGUCGGCCGAGGGUCCAGCGCCAGCGCCCCGCACUCGCCGCGGCCGCCCGCGCGCAGCGCAGCGCCGGAGGCCGCCGGGAGGCCGCGCCACCUGCGGGCCGGCCGGCCGGAGCGGGCAGCCCCGGCCCCGUCCCCGGGCGCCCGCGUUCAUGCAACGCCUGGUGGCCUGGGACCCAGCAUGCCUCCCGCUGCCGCCGCCGCCGGCCUUUAAACCCAUGGAAGUGGCCAACUUCUACUACGAGGCGGACUGCUUGGCUGCUGCGUACGGCGCCAAGGCGGCCCCCGCGGCGCCCCCCGCGCCCCGCGCCGCGCCGCGCGCCCCGGCCGGCGAGCUGGGCAGCAUCGGCGAGCACGAGCGCGCCAUCGACUUCAGCCCCUACCUGGAGCCGCUGGGCGCGCCGCAGGCCCCGGCCCCGGCCCCGGCGCCCGGCGCCGCCGGCGACACCUUCGAGGCGGCUCCGCCCGCGCCCGCCCCCGCGCCCGCCUCCUCCGGGCAGCACCACGACUUCCUCUCCGACCUCUUCUCCGACGACUACGGCGGGGGCAAGAACUGCAAGAAGGCGGCCGACUACGGCUACGUGAGCCUGGGGCGCCUGGGCACGGCCAAGGGCGCGCUGCACCCCGGCUGCUUCGCGCCCCUGCACCCCCCGCCGCCGCCGCCGCCGCCACCGCCGCCGCCGGCGCCCCCCGAGCUCAAGGCGGAGCCGGGCUUCGAGCCCGCGGACUGCAAGAGGAAGGAGGACGCGCCGGGCAUGGCGGCCGGCUUCCCCUACGCGCUGCGCGCCUACCUCGGCUACCAGGCCGUGCCCAGCGGCAGCAGCGGCAGCCUGUCCACGUCGUCGUCGUCCAGCCCGCCCGGCACGCCGGGCCCCGCCGACGCCAAGGCGCCCCCCGCCGCCUGCUACGCGGGCGCGGGCCCGGCGCCGACCGCCGCCUCGCAGGUCAAGAGCAAGGCCAAGAAGGCGGUGGACAAGCACAGCGACGAGUACAAGAUCCGGCGCGAGCGCAACAACAUCGCCGUGCGCAAGAGCCGCGACAAGGCCAAGCUGCGCAACCUGGAGACGCAGCACAAGGUGCUGGAGCUCACGGCCGAGAACGAGCGGCUGCAGAAGAAGGUCGAGCAGCUGUCGCGCGAGCUCAGCACGCUGCGGAACUUGUUCAAGCAGCUGCCCGAGCCCCUGCUGGCCUCCUCGGGCCACUGCUAGCGGGGGUCCCCCCUGGGCCCCCGCCCCGGGGCGCUCCCCCGCGCGCGCGCGCGCGCGCGCACGCGCGCCCGGACUCCGGGGGGGGGCCGGCGCCCGCGUCCCGUCCCCCGGGGGCGCCUGCAAAACUUUGGCACUGGGGCGGCGCGGGGAGCUGGUCGGUAAUUUUAAUAUUUUAUUAUAUAUAUAUAUCUCUAUUUUUUGUCCGGACCCCGCGCGCGGGCAGGGGCGUUAUUUAAAGCCGCAGCGUCCGUGCGCGCCGGCUCCGAGUUGAUGCAAUCGGGGUAGGAACAUGGCCGGGCGCGCGUGUGCGCGGGGCUGACGUAACCCACGUGUAACUGUCGGCCCGGCCUGAGUAAUCGCUUAAAGAUGUCCCUGCGAGGGCCGCCAGUUGUUGUUGUUGUUGUUGUUUGUGCCUCCCCCCCCUUUUUUUGUAUUAUAAAAAAAUAAUCUAUUUCUAUGAG